AUGACUAAGACGCCGAAGGAGGAAACCAUAUCCAUCGUCCACAAACCACGCGUAUACUCCUCGUCGUCAUCCUCCACAAACCCCGAAGAAACCACCUCGCCGUCGCCCUACUUCCUACCGGAGCUGAUCCCAUUGAUCGCGAGCCGCCUGACGACUCUCCGUGCUGCCUGCCGGGCCUACCGGCGCUUCCGCCUCCCACGCGCCCCCCUAGCCCAUGGAAGACCCACCUGCUUCGGCCGGCUCUUCACCCCGCCAAGUCCUCAGCCUCACGCCCUCACCUGCUUCCACUCCUUCGGCUGUCGCGUCGCCAUACAAGGCAGGAGCGCCAGCGCCAGCCGCCCCGAGCUCCGCAUCCGUCACCUCCUCACAGGCGAGCGAGCCCGCCUGCCCGAUCCCCCGAAAUGUGUUGGAGCUAUUCUCUUUUCCAAUGACCUAAUCCUCGCCUUCACGCCAUGGCACCGCGACAUCUACUACUGCCGCAUUGGGGAUGCUCAGUGGCAAGCGGCGCGGUGCCAUGAGGGCUACAACCUUCACAGUCUGAUGUUCGUGAAAGGCACCCUCUACGCGUUGAUUUAUCCAAAUUAUCGUCUUGCUGUUGUCGAGCUUGAUAACAAUUCCGUGGUGUUGUCAUUUCUUGGGGAUGAACUUAGCGCACAUACAGUACCAGAUGGUAAUUUGGUGGCCUGGCUCGCAGAGUGUCAUGACGAGCUAUUGCUAAUUAUCAGAAGGAGGCAGUACCGUGUGUUACAGUGGCAAUCCAAGGAGAGGAAGUGGGCGAGGACACAUAGCCUUGGUGGUUGUAGCUUGUUCUUUAAUAUGCAUGAGUUUGCUGGUUGCCUUGGUCCAGAUCAUCCGGGAGUUCGAAGAGACUGCUUGUACUUUACUGGAAGCUUUGGGAACUGGAGCGAGUAUUCUUUGGUUGAUAGAUCUUUGCAUGAAAUUGUUGCCGACUACCCAGGGCAAUCAGUAUCAUCAAAGGAUUUUGUAUCACUGGCUUGGGUCCUUCCAAGCAUUUGUUGAUGCAGUACAAUGCGUAUAAGAACUGCCCAGAAGUUCUCAAGGUACAUUUGCUCCCUUGUGACUAUUGUUAAUGGAUUAGAGUUUUGCAUUUUAUGUUUAUUAAUCAAAAUAUUUAUGUGACUCUUCAGCAACAAAUGUAUAUGAACUUGUGUAUGAAUGGACAUCCCGACUCACUGUCUUCCUCAAAUAUUUGACAGUAAUUAAUGUUCAUCAAAUUAGUCUUGGCGUAUGGUUUGAUUAUUUCGUUAAUUGGUGACAGCAACAACUAUGAAAUGGACAUUUAGGGAAUAAGUGGAGAGCAUCACUUAAUAGAACCGCAUACAUACUUCAGAGGAAGAUUGCAAUUUAAAAAAAAAUGUUUUUUGGGAUUGCGUAGAAAGGCCUGGGUAGUGUGUGCCGCUUCCUUCACUCCUGCAACGAGCGGGAGCUAGAAUUUCCCUCCUACGCCAAGUCGUGCCGAGGGAAGACAAGGUUGGUACGAACAAAUAAUCAAUAUGCACAGUCCUUCCCCUUGCUAUUGUCACUAUCUAUUUAUUUUGAUCACAUCUUGGAUCUGAUGCCGCAGAAAACAAUGGCAUGCACACAGAGGUAGUCUUACACUCUAUCCAGGUUGCCAAAUCCAUUCAGGGGCCAAACUAUGGAGUUCACAUUAAGACUAACAGAAGUGUGUGAUAUUUGGCAAAAUUUAUAAGAGAUGGAUUUUAUAUGUGAAGGUCAUGAGUCCAAUGUAGAUACCCAUUGUUUAGCUGAGUCGUAGCUGCCUCAGAACUUUGGUUGUUGCAUUUGGAUAAGAGAUAUUGGAAGGUUGAUGAGAAAUGUCGCUUUUGCUGCUGGAAAGAAUCCAUUGGUCACAUUGCUUUUUCAGUGUGCUGUGCCUAGGUAUGUUUGGAAGAUUGUUGCCGUGAUUCUGGAUGUUGGAUGUACCUUGUAAGAUGAUGAGGCGUGUGUAUUAAAUUUUUAGGGAGCGAAGGAGAUGUUUUGUUUCUGGUGGAGUUGCAGCGUUGCUUGCUGUAGCAAUCUGUACUCUCUUAAACCUAAUGCUGUUAUUUCUAUGAUGUUCACAUGUGCUGUCUUAUCGGUUUGCCUUGCAGAAGAGAAAUUAACCUCGGAAGCAAACGGUGCUUCGUGGCCAAGUUGUUGUUGGCAGUGGCGACAGAAAUCUUGAACAAGUGAUGAUGGCUGUGGGGAGCCUGAUUCAGUAUGCUUUGCGGUCUGUAGCGUGACGAAGAGAACCAUGGCUCGUUUGGUGGGCUCGUAGUCGUUUGCUCUCAUUUUUCUGUACACUCACGUUGUGUGUGUAAACAAACAAAUCUUGUGUGUUGAUCAGCUUCUAUGUUAUAUAUUCCAGUGUCGUCGUCUUUAGCCAAUGAUCAUGGCUACCGUCGCAAUUAGUGCUGAAUGUGGCGUCAAGCAGAGAUUUUGUCUUACUUUGGACUGCAGAGGGAUGUCAACUGCUUUAGCUGUAGCGCAACCAGCGUUCGGUGCAUCUCUGUAUCUCUCGUCUUGGAGCUGACAGUAGGCUAUAAAUGGCAAUGGUGAAUUCAGCGUCUUACAGAGACCCACCAGGCAUAGCCGAUGGCAAUGAUGGCCAAGCUCGCUGUUGUGCUUGUAUUUCUCGGCUGUGUGGCGUGUACAUGUUAAGCAGGGUAUGGAUAUCCGAACCCGACACAUCCUCAACGGGUGCAGACCUCUAGACCCCAUCCGCCCGCCCCGACGAGCGACUCGUCGACGGCAAGGCCGUUGUGGAGGAGCAGCAGCACCUUGUGGACCGGGUUGCUGUCGAGGAGGAGCAGCGGCACCUUCUUCUGGACCCGGUUGCUUCAUUUGCUUUGGCUUUGCUGCACAUUUUUGUGUAUAAACGAAUGACGACCCUCGGGUGUUUUAUCAUCUUCUGUGAAAUGGACUGAAACGAAGCGAAGUUGGGUGCGAGCGACUAUAUAUCUGGUAAAAAAAUUGUUUGGUUUAUUUAGCUACCAUGGAUUGUGCGUUAUUGGAAUAAAGCGCUAUGAAAAUUCCACUAAGGAAUGAAACUAAGGGAAGGUCAGAGAUACUCUUGAAUUGUUCCCUUUUUAGU